CCACCUCUACCUCAAGAAAUCGUCCAAAGAGCAGACACCCAGGACAGAAAAGUCUCACAGUUCUUUCCACUGGGGUGAUGAUUUCCAUUCAGCAUCUAUAUGCACAGCGCAGCCUCUGAUUAACUGUUCCGUUUUUAUUUAUAUACUGACUUAAUAUGGCAUUAAGAAUCACAGACGUGUCCAGUACCUUUUUACUUGGAAGUGUUCUCAUUUUCAGCACCGUGCCCUAUCCUGUCGACUCUUACCUCUACAACAACCGCUACGUCGGUGAUCAAGUGUUCAGAAUAAUCCCCAGCAGCAACACAGAGGUUCAAGCAGUCAAACAGCUUUUCCAAAACCUGACGGUAGACCUUUGGAACCCCAACGGUGCAUCUCUAAUUCGAGAGAACAGUCCAGUAGACGUUCAUGUGGGAUGCAACAAGACUCAAUGGCUGAGAAGACAUCUUCGCCAAGCACACAUCCAUUACAAGGUACUCAUUUCCAAUCUCCAAACCGAAAUUGAGAAACAAAUCGGAUACCGGUCCUCCAGGAAGCGUAGAUCAGAAUUCCAGCAUGACUAUGAAGUGUACCAUCCUUUAGAAGAGAUCCGGAGUUGGAUGUUUGAGAUGAACCGGACACACCCACACCUGGUGGACCUGUUUUCUAUUGGUCAGUCCUAUGAAGGACGGCCCCUCUAUGUAAUGCAGUUAGGAAAGAGACCACGUCCCUUUAAGAAGGCAGUGUGGAUAGACUGUGGAAUGCAUGCAAGAGAAUGGAUUGGUCCAGCUUUCUGCCAAUGGUUUGUGAAAGAGGCGUUGAACUCCUAUCAGCACAACUCCAGCAUGAGACGACUGAUGAAUCAGUUCAAUUUCUACAUUAUGCCUGUCUUCAAUGUGGAUGGCUACCAUUACAGCUGGAAGACGGAUCGCUUUUGGCGUAAAACUCGGUCAAAGAUUCCAAAAUAUCAUUGUCGGGGAGUGGAUGCCAACCGAAAUUGGAACGUCAAAUGGUGCGAUGAGGGUGCAUCUCUGCACCCCUGCGAUGACACAUACUGUGGUCCCUUCCCCGAGUCAGAGCCUGAGGUCAAAGCUGUGGCCAAGUUUCUGCGCAAGCACAGGAAACGGGUCAAAGCUUACAUCUCUAUUCACGCCUAUGCUCAGAUGCUCCUCUAUCCGUAUUCCUACAAAUACGCCACUAUACCAAACUUCAACUGCGUGGAAUCAGCAGCCCAGAACGCAGUGAGCGCUCUGUACUCAGCUUAUGGAGUGCGAUACAGAUAUGGCCCUGCCUCCACCACACUUUAUGUGAGUUCUGGAAGCUCGAUAGACUGGGCCUACAAGAACGGGAUCUCAUACGCCUUUGCCUUCGAGUUGCGUGAUAAAGGCUACUACGGCUUCCUGUUGCCAGAAACCCUGAUAAAACCAACAUGCACAGAGACCAUGAGAGCAGUAAAAACAAUCGCUUCAGGCCUGCUGAAGAAAUGUACCAAAUGAAUUUCACUUGACUUUCACUCUCUGUCUUAUCUUCCCUCUAUCAGUUUCACACCCAAAAGCCAUAGAACUGUCGACAAGCUAUGCACAAAUGUUCCUGCAUCUUCUAUUCAUUUUUUCAGAUUUAUUUAUUUUAUAAACUACCUUAAAGAAGCUCUACAUUAUACAAAAUGGUAUAAAAUGUAAACUGAAGAAAUGCAAGCAUCUUUCUCAAAAGUGGAUUUUACUUAUGAGGCAAAUAUACAUGAGCACUCGCUAUAAAAGAACAGUGAUUCCCAGAGAAUGUAAAUAAUGCAUACUGUUAUCUUUGAAAUGGGGUCAUUUUAGUGUAGAUGUGUAUCACUGCCACUAAAAACAGCUUUGAUUUCGUUUUGAAAUCAACUGGGUACUUAAUGUCUAAAAUGAGCCAGACAAGAAUACAUAAUAGAAUUGCUGUUUUUUUUUUUUUGUUGUUGUUUGUUUUUUUUAAAGUAACUUUAACUUUGCAAGGGCAAUGUUUACAUUUGAACUCUUAAGUACGUUUUGGAAUUUUAUUGCAAUAAGCCUGUAUUUAUUUCAGUGAAAACAUUUCUUUUUUUUUAUAUUUAUAUUACUUUGUUAUAUAAUAAGUGUCUUGCUUAAUGGCAUUUAAGAUUUGGUUUCAUUGAACACAGAUUUUGAAUCUUACUGUUUAUUUUACCAACAAGUAGAUCAUUAAAAGCUGGACCGAUCAUC